AAAAAAAUUCGCAGGAGAAACUGUUACUUUGGUGUAGACUUAUUCUUUAAAAUAUGGGAGCUCAAGCCUCGAAACAAGCAGUUCGCCGUUUGCCGAAAACUGCUAAAGCAGAAACAUUGGAAUCAGCACCUCUUGAAUCACCGUCAACCAUACGAGCGCAAGUAGAAGCCGAGGCUGAAGCACUUGCUGCAGAGCGUAAAACGGAGGCUAUUCAAGAGGAAAGCCGUGAUCCACAACUGCACAAACUCUUGACCGAACUGGGUCCAGUCAAGAUUGAGCCUACUAUGACCAAAAUGCGCAUGUCUGACGCAAUGCUGGGUAUCAUUCACGAACGAAAACGAUUAGAAGAAGCGGAAUCAGUGCCGAGUAGUGCAUUGGAAAAUCGCGUGUCUAUUGAUGAGUUAUUCACUAUUUUGGAACACCGUAAACGACUGGACCCUGGAACAUUGGAUCAACCUGGCGCGCUAGAAGCACUGGGUAAAAAAUACAAGAUGGAUACGCCAACAUUAGAAACGCUGUACAAGUAUUAUAAUACCAUGGCUGUAAUGCCAGCUGCUACCGACGACAAGGACGAGCGACGACUGGGUGUUUGGGUAAACAGUAAGGCGGAAUGGAAACAGGCAGUCAAUGAUACCCUCUCUCGACAAAAAGAAGCUGCACGUAAAGCGAAAGAAGCUGCCCUCAAAGAAGAAAUGAUGGCACCGCCCACCACGAAUGCAAUCACUGAAGAGAAGAAAGAUGAAACAGAGCAGCAAAAGAAGGAACGUGAACUUAAAGAACUAUUUAGCGACUAAUCAAAAAUGAUCAUUAUAAAACUACCUGUUAACCAAGUAUAAAAAAAUGGAAAUAGCCUUCUUUUAGACACCCCUCCCCCCCCGAUACUGUUCUGUCAAUUCACAUUUUUUAAUGAAAUUGUCACGGGACUUUUUUACUCAAGCUCUUUGGACCGGGUUCGAAGCUUAAAUCCUUAUUAAUUCGAACUUCACCAAUGACAAACGGUCAAGUUAAUCAUAGUCAAUCAGAUGAAGCAG